CUCACUGGGUGGCUGCAGGCAGCAGGUUACUUAAUCUGUUACUCUCUACCAAUUUUGCAUUUGUUGUUUUUGCAACUUGGCUUCCAUGGACUGACAGCACAAUCUUGGAUCUCGCUGUGGGACAGGAUAUUUCUUCUCGUGUUCUAUCUCCCUCUGUUCUUUCCCCUCUUCCAUGAUUAAAUGGACAAAGCUAGGAUCCCAGAGGCUGCAGAAUCCCUGGCAGGCAGUGGACAGGUCACCGAGGCAACAGCACCCAGUUCUAGGCUGUUCCGUUGUGGCUUUGUGCAACGCUGGGUACCCCUGGCUUACAGAGAGGAGCUCUAUCAGGUCCUCCACCUAACUGGGCCUCUGCUCAUUUCCCGGAUCCUAAGCUUUCUUCAGCCUUUUGUUAACACCAUAUUUGUUGGUCAGCUAGGCAAUGCUGAACUGGCUGGAUAUGCCCUGGCAUCUGCGACCCUCAGUGUUACCACAAUUGCAACAGGAUAUGGUCUGGCCUUAGCAUGUGACACACUGGUGUCUCAGACAUUCGGCAGUAAGAAGCUAAAGCGCGUGGGGGAGAUCUUGCAGAGGAGUGUCCUGAUCCUGCUGCUCUUCUGUCUGCCAUGCUGGGCCUUGCUCAUUAACGCCGAGUCCAUUCUGCUGGCCAUGCAGCAGCAGGCUGAGGUGGCCAGAAUUGCACAGGUGUAUGUGCUUGCAUUUCUGCCAGCUGUACCUGCAACGUUUUUGCACCAGCUGCAGGUGUCGUACCUUCAAAACCAGGGGAUCAUUCUGCCUCAGAUGUACACCGCCGCCGCAGCCAACAUACUGAACGUGGUGGUCAACUAUGUCCUCAUCUUCUGGAUGGAACAAGGUGUAAUGGGCUCUGCUGUGGCCUGUAGCAUUGCAAACAUCUCCAUCUGUCUCCUGCUGUUUGGUUACAUACGCUGGAAAAAGCUGCAUGUCAAGACAUGGGGUGGCUGGUCCAUCGCAUCACUGCAGGAGUGGGAUACAUUCAUGCAGCUAGCCAUACCUAGCACACUAAUGCUCUGUUUUGAGUGGUGGAUUUAUGAAAUUGGAGGUUUCCUUGCAGGCAUGCUGGGAGAGGUUGAUCUUGCUGCCCAGCAUGUGCUGCUGGAGCUGAGUGCCAUCAUUUACAUGUUUCCUCUGGGUGUACAUGCUGCAGCUUGUGUACGUGUAGGUAAUGCUUUGGGCGCAGGAGACACCGCAAGAGCCCUUAUCACCAGCAAAGUGACCCUCACUGUCUCAGGUAUACUGGCUUUAUUACAGGGCAUUGUGCUGGGUUUCACAAAAUCAGUAUUGGGCUUUAUCUUUACAAGUGAUGUGACCAUUGUAAAUAUUGUCUCAGAAAAUAUGACAUUCUACAUUUUUUUACAGUUUUUUGAUGCCCUUGUGUGUGUGAGUUCUGGGAUUCUUCUGGGCUCAGGGAAGCAGAAGAUAGCAGCCAUAUCCAACCUAAUCUGUUACUACUGUAUUGGACUCCCUCUUGGAAUAUCACUGAUGUUUGCUGCAGAUCUUAGGAUUCUGGGUCUGACCCUUGGCCUCCUGGUCUGUGUUGUCAUCCAGGCUUGCUUUUUCAUCACACUCAUCUUUAAACUCAACUGGAAAAAAGUGACACAGCAGGCCCAGAAACGUGCUGGAAAGACCACAAAAGCAACAUGUGUAGUCCAGAAGGUGCCAGCCUGUACACCAGUAAUUGACACAUUGCUUCUUGAAGAACAGGACAGCGUGGAGCAAAUUAUUUAUGGAGGAACUGUGGCCCAGUUAAUGAAUGUUGGCUCUAAACUGGCUGUGGUUGAGGACGGUGAGCCAGGGGAGGGCCGUCCCAAAUCUCUGCUCUCUGUCCCUCAACUAGUGCUGAGGAGAGGACUCACACUGCUGGCUGCACUCCUGGUCCUGGCUGCAGGGGUUGUGGUUCACCUGACCUGCCCUCUUCCAGAGCCUUUUCACCAAAUUAAAAGCAACCUCACCAUGGAGUGGUGGAACUACACCACCCCUGCUCCCUUUCCCAAAAGUAGAGCCAGUUAAUCACUCACUAUCCUGAGUGAGGCUAAUUGUUCAGCUGAAAUGAUUGACACUGUAGUAGUAGUCCAACCACUUUUGAGCAGGUUUACCAAACAUCUGGUCAGCAUAUUAAAACAAAUAUUUGCCUUCUUGCCUUGUAAACUACCCAUUACAAGUGCACACACACACACACACACACACACACACACACACACACACACACACA